AUGGCCACGACAGCUGCUGGGAAGAGGGGACCUUCGGUCUUGGUCACAGACUCCCGCGAACGACCUCCUCCAGCUCGCAAUAAUUCUCAGCGCCCAUCGCCCAGCGCACCAGGCGCAGUCCGCAAUCGCAUGCCAACGCGCUUCAUAUCUGUCGACAACGUCCUCCAAUAUGCCUCCGAGAUUCCCUCUGGUCAAGCCCGAGGUCCGCCAGGCCGCCGCCCUGCGCCAGCUACCCAGCGACGGCCGAAUAACCCACCGGCUAUCGCAGCACGAGUUGCACAGCAAAACGUCCCUGGCCGAAGCACAAAAGUGACCGAAAAGCUUGUCCUAAUUCCCGACACCGUAAACGAGAAGGAAGAAUCAGACGAUGAGAUAGAUGAGCAUGGACAACGGCUAAGCUUAGAUGGAGACGAGGGACCGCUUAAAGAUGCUGAGUUGGACGUACUGAAGAAGCGAGGAGGAAUUCGUGGGAAGAGUUACGCAGAACGAUUACCGAAGGCGAAGAGAGCGGAGAAGUUGGCAAGGGUGACGGCGUAUUGCACUGCGCAGGGGUAUAAGACGAAAGCUACGGCUACGUUUGUAAAGGAGCAUCAUGGGGCGAAGACGAAGCUGUAUGAUGAUUGUCUUUAUACGGUCUAUCAUCUGCCACUACUGCCUGGCAUAGAAGGGUUUAGGAUUAGAAGUAGUCCUGUGCUUAAGAGUCCUGGUGGGAAGGCAGUGUUGGAUGAGGAGAUUGAGAGAAGUGAGAGGAGGGAUUAUCAUGAGGGGUAUUUUGAGGAUACGGAUACUUACGGCGUGAGAGGUGGUGAAGAGAGUCCUCAGAAUGAAAGUGAUGAUGAUAGGAGGAGGAGGGAAGAUGAAGGACGUCGGACCAGAGAGGAGACACGAGUGCUUGCCCAAGGGCGGAGAGGGGACAGUCCAAAUCGGACAGCACCAGAUGCUACCACGUUCGGAGAGAUGUUCGUCUUUUCGUACGGAGUAGUCGUCUUCUGGAACUUUACGGAACGACAAGAGAAAGAUAUCUUGGCGGACUUGACUUUCUCAGAGCAUGAGACGGGCAUCUCUCUCGUCUCUCGGCCGCUAGAAGAGGAUGACUUUGAGACGGAAGAGCUCCAUUUCGAAUACAGCCCUCUAGUCGAAAGGCCCCGAGUCUUCAACGACAUGAUUACACUCCGAAGUGGAGAUCAUAUGAUCAAGCUCGCCAUGAGCCACGCCAUUGCUCAAAGCACGAAGUUGAGCUUCUUCGAAGAGAAAAUGUCCCAGACGAUGCUGGACGCUCAGCAUGUUCCUAAGCAUCUAGCUUUGACAGGUAAAUUAGGCAUGGAUAGAAAGGAGAUUGUCAAGAUCUUGGGUCGACUCUUCAAGAGUCGUGUUGAUGUCAACCUUUCAUCCAAUAUCCUCGACGUACCGAAUUUCUUCUGGGAGUCAGAGCCCACUCUUCACCCGCUGUACUUCGCUAUCCGCGAGUACCUGGAAAUCACUCCCCGAAUCAAAGUCCUCAAUGAGCGUUGCAGGGUAUUCUUAGAACUUGCAGAGAUCCUGAGUGACAGCAUUGCUGAUACGAAGAUGAGCACUAUUACGUGGAUCAUCAUCGUUCUUAUUGUUGUUAGUAUUGGUGUUACUGUUACUGAAGUAGGAUUGAGGUUCGGCAUGUUGGAGAAGGGAAAGAAUGAGAGAGCUGGCUUGAUGCCUCAUUUGGGAAUGGCUGGGAAGAACUGGACGAGAGCUGAUUUCAGCGCACCGCAACUUCAAGCUAUAUGUGGUGCAGAGUUUGUGAGGAAGACAUUUGCUGAGCCUGACUUGUAA